GCCGAACGACUUCCACUUCCAUCGCAGAUCGCAGCUUUUUUUUACUUCUUUUUUUUUUUUGGUUUUCUGGUUUGGACAUUAAAUGCGGCUCUCUUCGAAACCCAUCUCGAGUCCAGGUCGUGCAGACAAGUUUCCGCCUCCAUUAACAAGGUUUCUGAGAAGCAAUGUGGGAAGUAGAAGCAGGGGAAGGUCUCGUUCAAGCCCUAUGUUUGUGCGAAAGAAGAAUGCUUCUACGGCCGUUGAAACCCAAGAACCCUCUUCCCCUAAGGUCACCUGUAUUGGGCAAGUUCGUGUACGAAGAUCCAAGCAAGCUGGGGCUAAAAAGCCCAGUCGAAGCAGUGCCACCGCCAGCAAACGCGGGUUUCGGUGGAUUCGUAAGGCUUUUAUGUGCAACUACUCCGUCAGAAAACUCAAGCCUAAGUCGUCUCGUUCUCGUCCUAUAUGGCGGAAAUGGUUUCUGUUUCUCCAAGUGGGUUAUCGGAGAAAAGUCGAUUCCGCCAAAGAUUCUGUGGUCGGAGAAUCUAAACGAGAAGAAAUCGAUGAGGAUUCUAACCGAGGAGACGAAGACGAAGAAGAAGAAGAGGAAGAGGAAGAGAAAGCAAAUGUUUUUGUUUCUUCUUCCCCACCGAAAAACGCUUUACUGCUCAUGAGAAGCAGAUCAGCUCCAUACCGAGCUUCCUCUCUGGCUAAUCGAUUCUGGGGUUCACCUUCUCCGAUUGAAGAUGCUGGGGAUGGUAAGAAAGAGCAGGAAUGCGAAAACCGCGUCGAAACCGAAGACGGAAAAGAAAAAGAAGAAGAAGAAGAAGAGAGACCCACAUCGGGAAAAGAAGUCACUUGCAGAGAUUCGGCUGCAGAAUCAAGAAAAUGUUCAGAAACAGAUGAAAAGUUAGGAUUUUCCGAUGGAUUUCAAAGCUCAAGCAGUGAACGAAGUACCAAAACCACCGGAAUCGGCAUUGUACCGUCGAAACUAGUGGAAGGAGAAUCUGUCCGGCCAUUGGUACUAACCAGAUGUAAAUCAGAACCGGCGAGAAGAACAGAAAAGUUCGAUCCAGAGAUGUCAUUCUGGAAGAAAAGAAGGUUGCGUUUGGGUGAGAGAUGUCCACCACAUGUUUAUGAUUGACUUUUAAAUUAUCUUUCAUUUCUCUGUUUUUGGUUACUUGGAAGUCAUAUAAGUCUCAGAGAGAGACAAACUCUUUUCACUGUCUCACACACACACACUCUGUCUCCCACUCUUAC